AUGGCAUUUGAUGGCGGAGCCUUUUUUCAUACUAUACCAAAGGCUAUAUGGGAGAAGAAGGUAGAAGUAAGUGAAAAAAAUAUGAUUACAGCAGCGCUUAAUGCACUCUAUCUUGAAAAAGAUGGGAAGAAGAUUCUCAUUGAAGCAGGUGCGGGUAAUAAAUUCAGCGCAAAGCACCGGGCUAUAUUUCAUCGUAGCACAGCGCUCCCCCUGCUUGAUGAGCUAACACAGAUAGGAGUGGGUAGGGAAGAAAUAGAUUAUGUCAUACUUAGCCACCUUCACCGUGACCACGCUGGAACGCUUACUCAUUAUGUAUAUGAUACCGACACAGAUUCAGAACCUGCUGUGCAUAUAAGUUUUCCCAACGCCCAGCAUUAUGCACACAGCGCAGAAUGGGACUAUGCAUGCGGUGGCAACGAACUGAGCUCAGCAUCAUAUAACACAUUGGACUUUCUUCCCGUGCACGAAGCAGGACGCCUCACGCUCAUACAAGAAGAAGAGAGUGAACCAUUACGUGGUAUACGUAUAAGAAAGACCGCAGCACAUACAUUAGGACAUACAUGCAUUAUAAUAGAGAACGAUGGAAAAAAAGUGCUGUUUCCAUCAGACAUUCUCCCUACAAGACAUCAUCUCGCAAUACACUGGGCCUGCAGUUAUGAUUAUUGCUCGUAUCAGGUAGUAGAAGAAAAACGCAAGUUGAUGGAUAUGGCCGUGCAAGAGCAAAUGCUUGUAUAUCUUGUGCAUGAAAACGAUCAUCCACUAGGAACUAUACAACGUGGAGAUGGAUCUGAGUACAUAUGGGUACCUCAGGAUAUGUCUUGA